AUGGACACCAUUGACGCCGAGCAGGCGAGGAAACUAUCCCUGUUCCGACCUUUGGGUUACCAGCGCAACUCGUGUGGUUACUGUAAAUCAGAGGAUGGAAGCGCUUCAUAUUACAGUAGCUCCAUCUCGGUCCGGCCGCAGCAUUAUGAGGAACUUGUGAAUCGAGGUUGGAGAAGGUCUGGCACGCUUUACUAUAAGCCGAAUUUGGAGAGAUCAUGCUGUCCGCACUAUACGAUAAGACUCGAAGCUUCCGAAUUCAAAGCCAGACGAGACCAACGCAAGGCCAUCAAUCAUUGGAAUAAAUUCGUCUUAGGUCCGGAAUAUCUCCGCAAAGCAGCUCGCCUAUGCCCCAAGACACGCCAAGAGAAGAAACAUCGAAAAUGCAACUUCGACGUCCUCGCAGCAGUCCACGAAUCCGAAUACGCCAACGUAAAACGCCCCAUUGACCCAGCAACCAAACGCCCACUAGAACCCGCUCAUCGCUUCGAAGUGAAUCUCGAAGGCGACUCAAUUUCUCAGGCAAAAUUCGGCCUCUUCCUCAAAUACCAAACCAAAAUCCACAAGGAAGACGUCUCCAGAUGGAAAACCAAGGAUUUCCAGCGCUUCCUAUGCUCCGGUAUCAAGCGGUCUCCUGCCAGCACGGACUCUAAAGAGAAAAAGCUUGGUUCCUGGCAUCAGUGCUAUCGGUUGAAUGGGAAGUUGAUCGCUGUGGCGGUUUUGGAUUUGAUGCCUAGUGGUGUGAGCUCUGUUUACGUUUUCUACGACCCGGACUAUGAAACCUGGGAAUUCGGCAAACUCAGUGCCCUCAGAGAAGUAGCCCUUACCAUCGAGGGCAACUACCGAUACUACUACAUGGGCUACUACAUCCACAGCAACCAAAAAAUGCGCUACAAGGGCACCUUCCGCCCGCAACACGUCCUCGACCCCGAAUCCCGCGCCUGGCAUCCGCUCGAUGGCGAUUUCGUCAAAAAGCUCGAUCAGAAACCCUACGUCUCUCUUUCCCGGGAGCAACGCGAGGCGGAAUCCAGCAAAGAAGGCGAAAGUGAGAACGAAGCAGACGCCGAGGUCAACGACGAGGAAGUCUCAUUGUUUGAUUUGCAUAUGCCCGGUGUUUUGAGUGUCGAGGAGACCAAAGCGCUGGAUUUGGAUCAUUGGUUGUUGUUGGUGCAUGGGUCGUUUGUGCAUAUGAUUGAUCUGGUGGGAUGGGAGCAAAUGCCCAUGGCGCAUCCGCAGUCAAUCAAGGGAAUUAUUGCAGAGUUGGCAGCUGCUUUGGGCCCGAGGGUUGUGAAGGAGAGCGCCGUGGUGUUGUUUGAUUAA